GCUCCAAAAUAGUGACCAAAGUGACUAGAAGUGCAAGUGUGACUGUGCAGAAAUGGUUAACGGCAGAGAACCAAAGGAUUUGUCCUGCAGGACUCAAGCCAACUGUCCUGAGGACGAGAUUGUGAUCUCUGGGAUAUCUGGACAGUUCCCUAAGUCUCCUAGCAUGCUGGAGUUCGCCAAGAAUCUCUACGCGAAGGCUGACUUGCUGGAUGAAAUGGAUCCGCAGUGGAAGGAAUCCUUCCCGGAACUUCCUGAGAAAUUUGGUUUAAACCGCAAUGUAACUUACUUUGAUGCUCCUUUCUUCGGUGUGCACUAUAAACAGGCACACUUGAUGGAUCCAUCUACACGAUAUAUCUUGGAGUGUUCAUAUGAAACCAUCAUCGAUGCUGGAAUCAAUCCUAUGACUCUGCGUGGCAGCAAUACAGGAGUCUUCAUUGGAUCAACUUUCUUGGACAUGGAUAAAAUAUUUUAUAAUGACAAAUUAGUCGGUGGAGGUUUUGCGAUAACUGGAUGCAACAGAGCCAUGAUGGCCAAUCGCGUAUCCUACAUUUUCGAUCUUCAAGGAAUCUCAGCUCACGUUGACUCCUUGUCCAAUGCCACGCUGAAUACACUGAAUGUGGCCUAUUCCGCGAUCAGAAACGGCCAGUGUGAAGCAGCCAUUGUGGGGGGAUCCAACGUCAUCCUGCAUCCUUUCGUGACUGCUCAGCUGGCGCAGAUGGGCGCUCUCUCCAAGGACGGCGUCACGCGGACCUUCGACGAGGGCAUCAGCGGCACGACCAACAGCGAGGCGAAUUGCUGCAUCUUCCUUCAGAAAGCCAAGCACGCGAAGCGCGUCUACGCGCGACUCGUACACUCCAAGUCGAGCCACUCGGGAUACAUAGACGAGGGCAUCACGACUCCUUCCGUGAAGAUGCAGGUGAAGCUGCUGGAGACCUUCUACCGCGAGAUUUCCCUGGAUCCGGCGGACGUGGCCUAUGUGGAGGCGCACUGCGAAGGACUGCUCAAGUACGACGCCGUCGAGGUGGCGGCGCUGGACGCGGUGAUGUGCAGGGCCAGGAAGACUCCGCUGAAGGUGGGCUGCGUCAAGUCCAACAUCGGCAACACGCAGCCCUGCGGCGGGAUCUGCGGCAUCGCGAAGGUGAUCAUCGGGAUGGAGAACGGCGCCAUUCCGCCCAACAUCAACUUCUCCAGGCCGCAUCCCGAGCUCAAGGCCUUGGUCGAGGGCCGGAUGCAGGUCGUGACGGAGGCCGAGGAGUUCAGAGGCCGGAACUUCGCCGCCGUGAACUCGGUCAGCUUCGCUGGCGGGAUCUCGCACGUUCUGCUGGAGAGCGUCGCCAAAGAGAAGCUGAACAACGGCCUGCCUGCCGACGAUCUUCCGCGGUUGAUCUCCUGGGCGGGUCGCACUGAGGAGGGCGUCCACGAGAUGUUCAAGUUCAUGGCCAGUCAUCCGCUCGACGCCGAAUUCGUGGGCCUCGUGCACGAGACGCAGACGGAAACGGUGUCCAACAACAUUUUCCGCGGCUUCGGAGUUUUCCAGAAGGACGCCGACGGCGGGAACGCUGUCGUUUUGGAACAGAGCGUCCAGCACUUUCCCGGGGUGAAACGGCCUGUCGUGUGGCUGUUCAGCGGGAUGGGAAGCCAGUGGCCGCAGAUGGGAAGCUCGCUCAUGAGCAUUCCCAUAUUCAGGCGAUCCGUCGAGCGCAGUCACGAAGUCCUGCUCGCGAAGGGCGUGGACCUCAUUGGGCUACUCACGUCAGACGACCCAGAGACCUUCGACAACAUCCUGAACUCCUUCGUCGGGAUCGCCGCCGUGCAGAUCGCCAUCGUCGACGUGUUGCGAGCUCUGCAGAUUCAGCCGGACAUCAUCAUCGGCCACUCUGUCGGGGAGUUGGGCUGCGCCUACGCCGACGGCUGCUUCACUGCGGAGGAAAUGAUCCUGUCGGCCUAUUCCAGAGGGAAGGUGAGCGUGGAGACCAAGAAGAUCUUCGGCUCCAUGGCGGCCGUUGGCCUGGGCUACAGCAGCGUCCGCAAAAUGCUGCCGCCGGACGUCGAAGUGGCGUGUCGGAACAGCUCCACAUCCUCGACCAUCUCCGGACCCGCCGCGUCGGUCGAGGCCUUCGUCGCCGACCUGAAGAACCAGGGCGUCUUCGCCAAGGAAGUCCCUUGCUCCAACAUCGCCUACCACUCGCGCUACAUCGCAGACAUGGGCCCGAAGCUGCUGGAGCUGCUGACCGAGGUCGUGCGGAAGCCGAAGAGGAGAUCGGCGAAGUGGCUGAGCACCAGCGUUCCGCAACCGAAGUGGGAAGAUGAGGAAAAUCAGCUCAGUUCGGCUCAGUACCACACCAACAAUCUCCUGAAUCCGGUGCUGUUCGAGGACACUUUCGCCAUGAUCCCCAACAACGCCUUGACCAUCGAGAUCGCUCCGCACGGACUGCUGCAGGCCAUCGUCAAGCGUUCCAAGGCUCAGGCUGUUCACAUUCCUCUGACUCAGCGCGGAAACAAGAACAACACGAACUUCUUCUUGGCCGCGCUCGGGAAAAUCUACAUGAACGGAAUCGACUUCCCCAUUCAGAAUCUCUAUCCGGCGAUCGAGUUCCCGGUAUCCAAAGGAACUCCCAUGAUUUCCCCUCACAUUCGAUGGGAUCACUCAACAGAGUGGUACAUCCCGUCCAUUAAUUAUGGAUAUGAAUUCAAGCCAGGCCGCCACACCAUGGAUAUUAAUCCAGAAUCUCAAGAGUACAAUUUUCUCUUAGACCACAUUAUUGAUGACAAGCUUUUGUAUCCCGUUUCUGGAUUUAUCCGCACUGUAUGGGAAACCUUUGCCCUCAGUAAAGAGAAAAAUUUCUACGAAAUGAGUGUGGAAUUUUCGCAAAUUAAAGUGCUACAACAUUUUGAUUUAACUAUUAAUAAACAUAGAGAAGUUGUGGUAGUAAUACAGCCUGGAACAGGAUAUUUUCAGGUCUGUGAAGAAAACUCAGCCAUUCUCUCAGGAAAUAUCAAGAUUCUAGAAGAAGAAUCAUCGGAAGAUUACCUCGUGGAAGAUUCCUCGUCGGAUUGCAUCGUCCUGAAGUCCAAGGACUUUUACACGGAGCUCUACCUUCGCGGCUACGAAUACAAAGGCGCCUUCCAGUCUGUCGCCGAAGCCAGGAGCGACGGAAGCGGAGGAAAAGUCAGGUUCGAGAACAAUUGGAUGGCUUUCCUGGACAGCUUCGUCCAGAUCUUCGCAUUCGGCCGCGACACCAGAGAUCUGAUGUUGCCCAAGUCCAUCCAGGCGAUCAGGAUCAGGCCUCAGGAAGUGCUGAGAGUGGCAGAAGAGAAUCGUGGUUUGCACCAGGUGAAAGUGUGCGCGGAACUCAAGACGAUCUCCUCACCAGGACUGGAAAUCGUGGACCUGAGGAUGAAAACCCUCAGGAAGAACCAGCCAACCGGAAAGCCUGUCUCGGAAUCCUUCAGGUUCAUUCCACAUCUUCCGGCGCCACAGCUUUCGAUCGCGAACGCAGCUCGCGUGUGUGUCCAGAGCCUCCUGGACAAUCACCGCUCGUCGAAGGUGAAGAUCGUGGAAGUGGAUUCGGUUGAGUCUUCCCACGAGAUUCUCCCGAACUUCCGUGAUGCCGUUGAAGACUUGCCCGGGAUUCGGGGAACGCUGAUCUUGCUCUCGUCUAAGAAGGCAACGCUGGAUGGAAUCCACGUGGAAGCUGGAGAGCUGAAUACUCAAAAGAACUGCGACAUCGUCAUCAAGAAGCAGUUCUUCCGCAACGGGACAUUUCCGGAGGGGUCCCUGGAGAGUCUCGCCGACGGUGGAUAUUUGAUCUCGCGUGAGGAAAAGUCAAUCGAGCUGAAGAGCGUCGCAACAUCUGCAGACCUGAGCCUUAUCUUCUUCCUGCCCGUGGAGAAUGAGACUCUGGUCGUGUUCAAGCGGUCAUCGAGGAAGAUUCUUCCCAGCACGAGUGUCUUCGAGGCCUCGCAGUUUUCAGUCAGCGAAGAGUGGCUGAAGAACGUCAAGGAAGCCGCGAAACUCGGCUCAGUGACUCUGAUGUCGAGCAAGGACUCGAAUCCCGGCAUCUCAGGCCUGGCGAAUUUAGUGCGCAAGAAGAUUCCCGGGCAGAGCAUCAACUUCUUUUCCGUUGAGGACAAGAAGUUCAGCGAUGCGAGCUUCCAGAACCAAGUGAAGCUGACUCUGGCUUCGAACGUCUUCCGCAACGGCCAAUGGGGAAGUUUCCGCUGGCUGAGGCUGUCAGAUAGGGCGCCGCUCGAGGCCUACACCGGGAAUUGCUUCGUGGAGUUCACUUCGCCGGAAAACGCUCUCGAGUGGAGAUCCGGAAGCGUCCUGGGGGCGACGCAAGGAAAUCUCGUGAACGUCAUGUUCUGCGGCCUGAAUCUGCGCGACAAGGAGAUCGUGUCCGGUGAGCUUCCUCUGGAGGAGACCGGGUUGUCGCGCCGCCAUUGCGCGUUGGCGCUGGGAUCGGAGUUCGCGGGCGUGGAUCAGGAAGGCCGGCGUGUGAUGGGCGUCGUUCCCCACGGCGCUCUGUCCAGCCAGGCUCUGGCCGACGACGCGUUCACGUUCCCAGUGCCGGAGCACUGGACUCUGGAGGAGGCGGCCACUGUGCCGAUGGCCUAUCUCACGGUCUACUGGGCUCUCUUCUUCAAGGCCAAUAUCCUGGCGCCGCUCAAGCACGGCAGAAGGAUUCUGAUCCACUGCGGAGCUGAUGAGCUGGGAAUCGCGGCGAUCAGAGUGUCUUUGGCCUACGGACUGGACGUUUUUACGACCGUUGACUCGAUUGAAAAGAAGGAGUUCCUUCUCAGCAUGUUCUCUGAACUGAAAGAGGAUCAAAUUGGAAGUACUACUGACCUCAGUUUUGAAAGAAUGGUUAAGGAAAAGUGUAAGCCAAGAGUUUGCAAUUACGUUUUCAAUACUCUCAAAGGUGCUCAGCUUGCAGCGUCUGCUCGUUGCCUUGAUCUAGGUGGAAAAUUCUUGCAAAUGGGAAAAUGGGAUAUGAUAGAGAACAAUGAUCUCGGAUUAUAUAUAUUCAUACAAGAGGUUGAAUUCCAAGCAGUUCAGAUUGAAGCUGUUUUCGGAGAAGAAUGUGAAAUGAGACAAGAUAUAAUUAAGCUCAUUCAAGCAGAUAUAAAGAAAGGAGUGAUUCAGCCAAUUCCAGCAACUGUAUUUAAUGCAAAUGACGUUAAUGAAGCUUUUGGCUAUUAUUCUAGCAAGGAACAUAUUGGAAAAGUAGUUUUGAGACUUCGAGAGCAUAAAACUGACAAGUCCACUCUUCCCAUUCCAAUUUCUCCUCGAUUUUCUGCUCAGGCAGAAAGUUCCUUCGUGAUCUUCGGUGGCCUGGAUGACUUCGGUUUGGAGUUUGUCGAUUGGCUGAUUGUCAGAGGGGCUCGAAAAGUCGUUCUGACGUCGCUCGGAAAAUCGCUUAGCGAUUAUCAACUGUACCGCAUGAGACUCUGGCAGAGUUACGGCGCUCAGGUCGUCCACAAGCUGGAGAGUCGCGGAUCCCGGUCGGAGUGCCUGGAACUGCUCGAUCUCGCCCGGAAACUGGGACCGAUUUCUGGCAUCUUCAGCGCCUCGCUGUGCAGCUCUUGGAACGGAGACGAGCUCUUCGAGGCCAGCGCAGCGGAAGUCAGUGUUUCUUCGGCGAAGAACUUCGAUGAGUUGUCCAGGAAGCUGUGUCCGAAUCUCGCCCAAUUUGUCGUCUUCUCGCGCAGAUGGCUGAACAGCGAGGAUGUGGAGCAAUGCCGAGCUGAACUGAGCAUCGCAAUGGCGGAGAAGAUCGUCCAGGAGAGAGCGGCUCAGGGAUUUCCGGGGAAAGUGAUUCACUUGGGAUCUCUUGAGGGCCAGAAGCCCGAGCAGGGAGUUCUGAGCCAGAAGAUCUUCUCUUGUCUGACCGAAGUUGAUAAGCUGAUGCUCAACAAUGAAAUCAUUGUGGCUCACAGAAUCCUGGAUAAAACCACGCCCAAGAAAUUCUGCGUCCUCAACACGAUCAAGGAAGCACUCAAGUUGAAGGAAAUUACUUCAUUAGAUGAAACUAUGAGGGAUUUAGCGCAUGAGAUCGACGAUGUACUCAAUCUGAAGAAGCAAAUAAGGAAGGAGUAUGAUAUAUCCCUUACCGUCUUUCAACUCCGAAGGAUGACAUCUCGAGAACUACUAGCCAUCGUCAAGGAGCGAGCACGAGAAAACGAAGGUGAAUUGAUCCUGACGAACGACAAGAAGCCGAAGGGACUGGAGAUGCUGUUGCAGUUCCUCAAAGACAGGAACUCGAGUGCGCAGCAGAAGAUCUGCAGAAUGCCGAGUCACGACAGGACGGCGAAGUACAAUUCCUGCGUUGUCCUCAUUCCGGGCCUCGUGGAUAUCCUGGACGUGGACUUGCGUGAGAUCAGCCUGAACAUCGCCUUGCCGGUGUUUUCCCUUCGCGUGACCGAAGACAUUGGGCUGUUGUCCGUCGCCGAUCUGGCCAGGAGUCUUUUGCCAGUCAUCAAGAGGGACGCUCUGAAGAUGUCGCAGAUGUUCUACCUGGUGGGCUACUCCUUCGGCGUCUUCCUCACGCUGGAGCUGGCCAGGUUGCUGGAGCAGGAGGGAAUGACUGGACAAGUGCUUCUGAUCGACGGCGCGCCGGAGUUCUUCAGGCUGCUGCUCGCGGAGCAGCUGGGCGAUAACUUCGCCGAGGAGGACGUCGAGGAGCUGAUCGUGGAGAACAUCCUGCGCGUCGUGUUCCCGGAGGAGAAUCCCCGGGAGGUGUGGGGCCAGCGCAAGGCGCGCAACUGGCGUGAGCGCGUGCAGCAGCUGGCGGAGGCGUGCAAGAAUCAGUUCGUGUACUCGGAGGAACACUUGAUGUACAUCGCGGAGCUCCUGCGCCGCCGCCUGCGCGGCGUGCGUGCGGGCAACGCCGAGAUGGUCGAUCCUGUGGAGUCCCCGAUCACGCUAGUGAGGCCCACGGACGUGUCCGUGGCGGACAUCGAACGCGAUUACGGAAUGGCGCAGUGGACAAAAGGCAAAUUCCACCUGAGGUUCAUUGACGGCGAUCACGCGUCGAUGCUGAGAAACAGAAGUCUUGCGCGCAUCAUCAAUGAAUUCGACCCGAGGCUGAAGGACAACAGGGAGUUUGAGGAUUACGUUGGAAUCUAAAGGGUGGUUUAGGGUUAAGGAAGUUUAAGGUAUCUGGGGUUUCUUAUUGGAUUAAAUUUUUUCUAUAUCUUCAAGCUCUUCAUUUUUAAACCGUGGCCCUUGCCUUGACUUCGUCUGUAUUCUUCUGACUUUGGUGUAAUAAUUUAUGUUGACUUUUUAUUUGAAAUUUGAAUAUGUGCUUUGAAAUUGCAUUUGCGAUUAGAGUUCACCGCCGAUUGUUAUGGUAUUGAGCUUGGUAAUGGUCAGUAUAUGAAUUCAAUGGACGAACAUAAAGUAUAAUGCAAUAUGAUAAAUUAUGAGGUUUGUUAUAAGGUCAAAGCAUUAAAGGGCUACAUUAUUUCCUUUGGAAUUUGAAUAUGGAAAAUCGUUGGCGAAGGAAGAGUAUAAAUUGCGAACUGCUGCACAGUUGCAGCCCAGAAGUUUUUCUUCAGUGCUCAAAUUGUGGAUUAAACGCCUAACAGUGCUCCAAAAUAGUGACCAAAGUGACUAGAAGUGCAAGUGUGACUGUGCAGAAAUGGUU